AUGUAUGUGAAGGUAGGCGGAAAUGCAGAUGGGAAUAAAGGUUUAUUGUCAAAAAGAGACAAUAAGACAGGAGUGCCGGAAGAUGAACUCCGAAGUCACGAAGAUGUCACGAAAUCGGCAUCAAGUUUAAUGAUGAGAAGACUGAACAAGAACGAGGAUCUAUCGGCAUCUCUAAACUCGUUGGCGUUUCUUCAUAAGCCUCAGAGAGUGAAAACCUUGAAUAGCAGUCUUUAUCCAGAUGAAGAAAUAAUCAGAAAUACCAAUAUUAACAAGAAUUUGAACAACGGCUCAACGGAUAAAAAGGUAAUCGAUGAUGAAGCAGAAGCUGAAGUGUCGCCAACAUCUUCGUAUAAGCUGGCUCGGGUCAAUGACCUGCUGAUUAAUCGUGGCGGCGAUGAAAACAUGUUCCCCAUACCACCGGUUUAUAAAAAAUCUGGGGAGCUAGUGAAGAGCUCACUCAAGAGAAGAUCGAAGUCCUUACCGACAUCACCGCACGUGAACAGCGAACACAAAAACUUCACGGCCCUGAGACCGGGCGGUAGACUACAAAGGAGUAAGAGUGUCCAUUUCGAUCAAAAGACACCGAUAAAGUACUUCCGCGAGGACGAAAGCCCAAUCGACGUCAGCACCAAGGAAAAUGAACGAACAGAGGAGAUAAGUUUCAGACACAAACCCGUGGGAUACCUAUUUGGCGGAAACGACGACGACGACGACGAUGAUGACGACGACGAAGGCGCCAGCUUCAACGACACAAACCUCCUGGCGAUGAGAAUAGACUCGAUCAACCUAGGCACCGCGACAAGAACGGGAAACACCAUAUCGCGCCCCCCUUCGCAUGUAAAAGACAGGAGCCUGCGCAAAAGCAAGAGGUUCAGCGCCAUGGCUAGAGAUAUACCAAAAAGAGAGUCCAGCAACAAACACGAAAACUCGGGUACAUCAAAGUACGUCGGCAAUAGUAAUAAUAAUCAUAGUUGUAGUAAUAACAAUAGAGUCGUGGGGCUAUAUAACGAGAACUUCCCGAUCCUAAGUAACAAGAAUCCAAAGAGCUUAAAACUAAACAUAUUCAUCAACCUGUCACAGGACAAGAAGUGCUUUCUGCAAGAAAUCACACUCUACGGAGCAAGAGAUCAGCACACCUAUCCAUCCAAAAAGACCCAAACGAGGAUGAUUGCAGGCAGAGUCUUGGUGAAGAACAUCUUCUUCGAUAAGAAAGUCGUUGUUAGGUACACCUGGGACCACUGGCGCACCUCGCACGACGUCGAAUGCGUCUACGUCAGCGACGGAGACGGCAUCCUUCCGGGAACAAACAUGGAUAUCUUCAACUUCAUCAUCGAUGACGUGAACAAACAGGACUCCAGGGCAAAACUUGAGUUCUGUAUCCACUAUGUUACGAGAAACGAUUACCAAAGAAGGGAAUUCUGGGACAGCAACAAUGGCAAAAACUACAAGAUAGAUUGCAUAACCGAUGGUUUCACCAAUCCUUUUUCCGACUAG